GCUGGCGUUACUGCUAUUUAUCAGACAAACCUGGGAUGUGGGAAGCUGAAGAAUGUGCCCCUGCGGCUGCACACGAGGCCGUUUCUGCUGGAGGAUACUGCGUUUGCAGGACAGCGAGUGCUGACACGCAGCGAUGGCGAAGGAGCCUGUGUCGGAGCCCCUGGAAUGCGCGAGCUGUUCCUCGGCCUGACAGAGGUGUGGGCCGGGGAGAUAUCGCAGGAAUGUGCAGUAUAUAACUUGGGAGAUGAGUACUCUUUUCAGUGCAGCUUGAACUGCCUUAAAGAGGUGCGCACUGGAGCCUGCUGCCCCAGUGGAAAGCUGGGCACCCGGCCAGCGAGGCUUUCUUUGGAGAGUGAGUACAGUGCAGACCUGCAGUCGCUCGCGGGAGUUUCCCCCACCGGGGACUGCAGUGGGCUCCGCAGGGUGGGUUCACCGGACAGAAGGUCCAACAAGUCGGGAUUUGCCUACGCCUUAUUGGCAGACCUGGAAUCCACCACCUCACAUAUCUCCAAACGACCAGUGUUUCUAACAGAGGAAACACCUUACUCCUAUCCAACUGGAAACCACACGUACCAAGAGAUUGCUGUGCCACCUCCGGUGCCCCCGCCACCUUCCAAUGAGGCCCUGAAUGGCACUGUGAUUGACCCCUUAGAUCAGUGGCAACCCAACGUCUCCAGAUACGUCCACCAGCAACCUCAGUCCCAGUCUCCUAUAUACAGCUCUAGUGCCAAGAGCUCCAGUGCCUCUGUUCCUAGAGACGGGCUCAGCUCUCCUUCUCCCCGUGCCAGUGAAGAGGAACACGUCUACAGCUUCCCGAACAAGCAGAAGUCUGCAGAACCAUCUCCCACAAUGACCAGCUCCUCUCUGGGCAGCAACCUCUCAGAACUGGACAGACUUCUUCUGGAACUGAAUGCUGUUCAACACAAUCCCGCCAGUGGCUUCCCGGCAGAUGAAGCCAGCAGAAGCCCAUCACUGCCCAGUGUGACUGGACCUCACUAUGUCGUCCCAGAGAGCAGCAGCUCUGUGGGAGGGAAGGCUGCACCCCCUACAAAAGAAAAGCCAAAGCGAAAUGGUGCACGUGGGAUCGAAGAUGUGCGUCCCAGUGUGGAGAGCCUGCUGGAUGAGCUAGAGAGUUCUGUGCCAAGUCCAGUCCCUGCAAUCACUGUGAGCCAAGGUGAAGUGAGCAGCCCCCAGCGGGUCACAGCCAGUCAGCAGCAGACCCGUAUAUCUGCUUCUUCAGCUACACGAGAACUGGAUGAGCUGAUGGCAUCUCUCUCUGACUUUAAGUUCAUGGCGCAGGGGAAAGCUGGGAGCAGCUCCCCUCCAUCCACAGCCUCCAAGCCUGGCAGUCAGCUGGACACCAUGCUGGGAAGUCUCCAGUCUGACCUGAACAAACUGGGUGUAGCUACAGUUGCCAAAGGUGUCUGCGGAGCCUGCAAGAAGCCUAUUGCUGGGCAGGUAGUUACAGCCAUGGGGAAAACCUGGCACCCUGAGCACUUCGUCUGCACCCACUGCCAGGAGGAGAUCGGGUCACGGAACUUCUUUGAGCGGGACGGUCAGCCCUACUGCGAGAAGGACUAUCACAACCUCUUCUCCCCUCGCUGCUACUACUGCAAUGGGCCGAUCCUUGAUAAAGUGGUGACGGCUUUGGACAGGACAUGGCACCCUGAACACUUUUUCUGUGCCCAGUGUGGAGCUUUCUUCGGACCUGAAGGAUUUCAUGAGAAGGAUGGCAAAGCUUAUUGCCGCAAGGACUACUUUGAUAUGUUUGCUCCCAAGUGUGGAGGCUGUGCCCGGGCUAUCCUGGAAAACUACAUCUCUGCCUUGAACACCCUGUGGCACCCUGAAUGCUUUGUCUGUCGGGAAUGUUUCACACCAUUCAUCAAUGGCAGCUUCUUUGAGCAUGACGGGCAGCCCUACUGUGAGGUGCAUUACCACGAGCGUCGCGGCUCGCUCUGCUCCGGUUGCCAGAAGCCUAUCACAGGACGCUGCAUCACUGCUAUGGGCAAGAAAUUUCACCCUGAACACUUUGUCUGUGCCUUCUGCCUCAAGCAGCUCAACAAAGGAACCUUCAAAGAACAGAACGACAAGCCCUACUGCCAGAACUGCUUUCUCAAGCUCUUCUGUUAGAGGCAUCGUAGACGGGCGCUAAGCAUCUUUCUGCCACCCCCUUGGCAGUUCUCUCUCUCUGAACAUUACUGUGAUUUAGAAAUCUUACCAGGCAGGGGAGGAGGGUGGGGUGGGGGUG